GGGAUAUGGACGCCCACGCCAGCCAUGAUCACGAGAUGCAGCAGUUCGGUUACGAGUCCACCAUGGCGUUAUCGCAGGCGCUCAGAAAAUACCUGAUGGUACACGACUGGGCUGUCGAGCAUAUGGUCAACGCGCAUGUCAUCCUCGAAAGCGGGACAAGCAUGGCUAUCGCCCGACAAGAGCCUCGAACACACAUCUUGAGGAUCCGCCUCGCUUGCCAGACUACCCCGAGCACGCCCCCGAGUUCGCAGCGCAACCCCGCUACCACGUUCAGGGUCGUCGACCACGGUUUCUGUCCCAUCGCGCUCUAUGCCGCCGGCUCCGCGCGGAAUUCCAGUACGACUUGCGCCGAUAUCCUGCAAGAAUGCCGGAGGAUCCACGAAGCCAACCUCAGGAGCCCUACUCUGAACUCGCACUAUUACGUCGGCGUUCUUCCCAUCAUGUACUUCGUCGACGGCUGCUCAUUCACCCAGACGAGGAUGCUCCCCAUCUUCCGGCCGCCCAACAACGUCAAUAUGGAGGUCAAAGCGAGGACCGUCCUGUACGACCUCGCCCGCUACUGCGCCUACACCAUGGGCACCGCGUUCCCGCUCUGUUCCAUCGACGACAACGAUGUGUACUGCGCUGUUCCGGGUCGGUGUGUACGUUCCAAGGGGAAGCAGUGGACGUGGGAGGCCCUGUUCGACGACUGGGCCGACUAUUACGGGGGACGCGGUGAACGCCUGCCGGGGCUCGAGGAACUUGGUCUGACACUCCUCCCCCCUGUGGCGAUGAAGCUCUAUUCCACGUUCUGGAUGAUGGAUGCCGAUGUAGCAGACAAGCUUGGUAUACCGACGGCGUAUAGCCUGUAGUGGGCUAGUCACAGUACUCUCGUCAUCUUGGUGUGCCUUAUCUUUCGCCAACAGCUUAGAGUGUUUUCUUGGUAUGACGAGGGU